CCGGGCUACGGUCACACUGAUCAGCUGAUUCUGCUUAACCGGUUCAACUUACGAUGAGUCACCGACGGGGAAGGCACCAAAACCGCAAAGGAAAUCCAUCCAGGGAUGAUGAUGAUCCCUUCCGUUAUGGAUCAGGCCGUGGCAGUCACCAAGCCAAAAUGCUUGGCCAAAACUUUGACUUUGCUGGCUUUAUUCCGCUUGUAAAAUCAGUAUAUAUAUAUAUGGCGGCGAGGGACUACCACCUCGAGAGACGGUUGCCCUUCUGUGUCUUUCAACAUGCCAUGACUGAAAUCCUUACGGCAAGAAUGUUGGAAGUGGCGCGGCAUCGUUGUUAUGCAAAAUACUAUUACGAAGAUUUCUUUAUACCACUGCCGAUCUAUUUGUACAUUCAGGGAAUCGGAAAGACCAUGAUGCCGGAUGGAACACAAAUAUAUUGGAAUCUACCGGAAGCAGCCACACCCCAAAGGCGCAUCAAGGGGGAGAAGCCGUGUCGUUCCGGGACUUUCGGAAUUCCCACUGCGGCGAACCACAAUGCCUACGAGUGCUACAUAUCCCCAUACAUAACGUCAGAGUAUAUAAAACGACAAGCACUGGUCACCGAUGAAACUGAGGAUCUCAACUGGAAUCCCUUCCCAAAUGGCUGGCUGCCCGCCGAAUGUGAGGUAAAUGAAAACCUUCUUGGGUAUCACCCGCUUGAGAAGUUACAUAUCGAAGGAAUUCGUAAAUGCUCAGGAUGUACGUUUGUGGAUUCUGAUGACACUGGAGGAAUUCUGUGCCACAGUCGUGGAGCUAUGUUAACUUCGUCAAUUGUUGUGGGAAACUCAGGAGUAAAGUGCGUUAAAGCCGUGUUCGAGCACACUGAAAACAUUGCUGCCUUCCUAUUUAAGGAAUAUGAAGAGAAAGAAAAUCUCAAGGCAGUACUUUGGGAGGAACCUUCCACUAUGUAUGCACCAUGUGCUUUGUCAGCUAUCAACGUAAAUCAGGGCAGCUAUUUCGGUUACAAAAGGAAGAGAAAUGCGGCAGCACCAGGUGCAUUUGCACUUUGUAAUGGAAAAUUAAUUGAUGGUUGGCUGGAAACUAUUAAUGAUAAUUUCGAAUACAAGGGAUUGUUUGGAUUGUCGAAAUAUGGAUAUAAUCAUAUGCAAGGCUUAUCAUCUGCAGAUCACCACUAUGGCCAGAGUUGGUUGCUUGACGUUUCUUCUUGGAUUUAUUUUCACAUGAAAAAUAUAAACUAAUUUGUAAUUCACUGUAAUGUAAACAAAUUUCUUUCUUUAUAUUUUUGAAUAUCAUAUCCAUUGUUUCUUUAUCUCAAAUAUAGAUUAUUCCUUAAUCUUAACUCAUAA